AAAGUAAAAUUAUCCCAAUGUAAAAUUGGAUACAAGAAUAACUAAAAUAUAAAAUGUUCUUAAAUUUUUAAAUAAAUUAAAAUUAAGCAAUGUUAAAGAUAGAGAUUAAAUACAUAAUGAAAUAGAUAAUUAUCAUUUAUAAAAUUAUUUGAAUGAAAUAAGUGUUUCUAUUUCCGAAUAAAAUAUUGUAUCUUAAACAGAUAUUAUGUACUUUUUAUAAAUUUGCACAAAACUAAACUAAAGUUAUGAUUAGUUCUGUGAAAUAAUACAAGACAGAUUAAUUAGAUAAAUAACUUCAGGAAUUGCUUAAAAAGAAAAAGAUGAAAAUACAAUAGCAGAACGAAGAAAAAAUACAUUUAGAUUUUUAAUUGAACUAUUUACAAUUGGAUUUGAAAUAUAAUUUGGAAAAAAUAGUAGAAACAUUAAAGGAUAUAAUAUAACAUUAAGUUUAAAAAGAUUAUUUAUUAAAUAUAUAAACUGCUGUUAUGUUUGCAUAAAACUUUGGAUUUGAAAUUUGUAGCAAAAGAGGAAUUAAAAUUAAUAAAUAAUAUAAUACAUAUGAUGAUUUGCCUAAUAUUUUUGAUUUUGAUGUAUUAAUAUCAAAAGAAAAAACGCAAAAGCUCAUUUUCUGGUUAUAAAUGUAUGUUAAUAAUUUUAUAGAAAUACUUCGAAAUUUUUAUGAUAUAAAAAUAAGAGAAGAUAAAAAAGUUAAUAGAUUAAUCGCUGAAAACGGUGGAAUUACAGAUAGAUAAGAAGCCUUAUAUCAAAAAAUAAGAACUGAUUAUGUAACUUUAUAUGAGAAUUUAAAUAUUUUAUGUGAUUGCUUAGAAUUUGAAUUUAAUGUUAAUUUUGCUUAAGAAAAAUAGCUUAAAAAUUAACAAAAAGCAUAAGAAGAAUAAAGAAGAAAAAAACAAGAAGAAGACGAACUUUUAAGAAAAUAAAAUGCUUCUUAUUUUGAUACUGAAGAAGAAAGAUCUUUUUAUGAAGAAAUAUUUGAUUUAAAAAGCAAAUUACCUCCAAUUUUAUUUAAAGAGAAAUUAAAUUAUGGUAUUAUUUUUUUAUAAUUUUAAAAUAUUUUAAAAAUUAAUAUAUAUAUAUUUUAAUUUAAAGAGGAUGAAGAUUAUUAUUAACCAGAAGAAAUAAUAGAAAAUAUAGAUAAUAAAGAAGAAGAUGAAAACGAAGAAUUUUCAGGUGAGUUUAUUCCCAAAACAUAUGAAGAGUUUAGAAAUAAAUUGAAGUUUUGUACAAGUAAAGAAACAGCGGAUUUAUUAGCUGAAUAAUUUAUGUAUGUAAAUAAUAAAGUAAAUAGAAGAAGAUUAAUAUAAGAUAUUUUAACUAAUUCUUAAUAAUAUAGACAUUUAAUUACUUAUUUUACCAGAUUAGUAGCAGUUAUAAAUUUACACUUUUAAGAUAUAGGCGAUUAUUUAAGUUAGAAAGUAAACGAUUUAUUAGAAAAUUAAUAAAAUUAAAAAAAAUAAGAUAUAAUUAGGAUGAUACUUUAUUUAAAUAAUUUAACGAAAUUCGGAAUCGUUGAAUCUUUUAAAAUAUUAAAUUAUUUAAAGUACUAUGUAGAUGAUUUCCAUAUUUAAUAACUUGAUUUUAUUUGUUUAAUUAUUGGGGAAUGUGGUAGAUUUUUAUUUAAAAAUUAAAAUACUUAGUUUCGAUACUAAACUAUUGUGGAUCAUUUCCUGUCUUUGAUUUAAAAUAAUAAUUAAUUUUAAAAUUAUAUUUAGGAAUGGGUUUAAAAAAAUAUUUAGUAAAAUAAUUAAUCUUCAUAAUUUUAAAUUGAUAUAAAUUUAAAUAUUAUUUAAUAAUAUGUUUCUUAUAUUUUGUUUGUUUAGUUGAAUUAAAUUAAUUUCGAAGAUGUUAAAAUUUCGCUUUUAAAAUUAGAUUGGGAUGAAGAAUUGGAAUUAUAUUUAUUAGUUUCUUUUUUAAAUAGUUUUAGACCUACUUUAGUAGAAAAAAUAAUUGAUUUAAUACUUAUAAAGUUAUUUGAUAAUUAAGAAAAUAAUGUACAUUUGAAAUUCAUUUAUAUAGACUUAUUAGGAGAUUUAGAAACUGAAGAUUAAAAAUUGAUUUCUGAUACUUUCUAAAUAUCUGAUGGAGGAAGUUAAAGAUUAAAUUAAAAAAAUUUAAGUUUGGAAGAUUUAAAUGAAAUAAUUAAUUAAGUUGAAAACGAUAAUUACUAAUUUAGUGAAGAAAAAUUUUAAACUUUUUUAGGUUAAGUUUUACUGAGAAAUAAAUAGAAUGCAUAGCAUUGA